CCCGUCCCCUGGAUCCUGCCCGUCCUCGCCGGCAUCCCCUUCGGCGCGGGCACGGCGCAGAUCAUGCAGUCGCUCGUACAGUACCUGCUCGACGCCUACUCGAUCUACAGCGCGAGCGCGAUCGCGUCCACCGUCGUCCUCCGCUCCGUCUUCGCCAUGGCCUUCCCGCUCGUCACGCCCGUCAUGUACGACCGGCUCGGCCCGCGCUGGGCGGGCUCCGUCUUCGCCUUCCUCGCGCUCGCGUGUGCGCCGAUCCCGUGGCUGUUCCGC